AGUUGAGGUGGGUACUUCCUUAUUAUCUAUGAAUUGUAUUACAACUUAAAAAAAUAACAUAAUUCACUCUGGAGCGUCUCUUCGACCCCUCCUCUCCCCCCUCCAGGCAGUAGCUUCAGCGUAUCUGUCUUGUCAAAAACAGACGUUUUGUUCUUUACAAGAUUCCGUAGUUUAACGACAAAGUAAAGUUAGCCAUUGUUAGCAGGGAUACCGCAGAUUUCCGGAAAUUACACUCUGUACUCAAAAUUGAAGUAAAGUUAUAACUUCAUACACAAAAUAUAAAGGUUUAAAAACACGUUUUAAGCUAUAUCUUACAUAAAUGAGAAUGUUUAUGACAAACGCAAACGGGCUAUGACGUUCAAAAGAUGACACGUAGUCUCUUACAAUGAUAUUAUUUUGAAAUCCACCCGGAAGUCACGCUUAUAAAAAUGUCUACUUGAUAGCUCUGUUUAGAAGUAGCCGAAGACGCUGGGAAAAUACCAUAUAGUCAUUGUUUAAUUAAACUUACUUUAUCUGAAACCGGCUUCAAAGCACAGAUAGAGAACGGAAACAUGGCACUCUAGGUCGUCAACAUUUGAUACAAACAUGUCAUGGACCGCUGCUUUGUUGUGAAACUUUUUAAGGACUGAGGCUGCUAGUGUCCAUGGAUACUAUUCAGGAUUUCUUGGUCAGUCUUCGAGGAGUUAAACGUCAAAGGGAGAUAUGACAACUAGUUUAAUGGUGGUCCUGUCAGUCUGAAAAGACUGACUGAUUGUCGACAUGUUAAACCAAACGAUGUCCCCACUGCUGACAGUGACUCUACUUGUCAUGCUUUGGGUCAGGUUGGUUAAGUGCAGUGACUCCGAGUACCCCGGGCCACUCUGUGACAACGGAAAGGUAAAGUUUGUGACUAUAUCGUGUAUUUAAGAUGUCCAUAUCACUGAUUUUAUUGCUACUGCUUGUCCACUCAAAUCAACUCAAAAUUCAAAAUGUGCUCAUUUUAUCAUUUUUUUUUUUUUUUUGUGUAUGAUAGAUAUUUUUGGAACGGGACCUACCUGCUAGUACUGUGCAUUGGAACUGUCCGGUGUCACUGUGGCCUGCAGUGCCAACUCAGGUAACUAUGGAAACAAAAAAAUACCACAUGAUGAAACCCUGCUUCAUAUUUUCCCAGUCUACCUGGUCCAGGUAAGUGGGGUACACUCAUACCUGAUGAAACUGGUACCAGGAUGAGAAAUCAGUUGUGGUAAAUCCUGUUAAACUGUCUAUUUACUACUGGUAAAUAAUGUAUCAUAAUCUAUCAAUUAAUCAAUCAGCCUUAAUAUAGCAGGUCUACAGACAGGUGAAGUCUCUCUAUCACACCGGUCAGCUGGAUAUCAGGGAUAUGUUUGUAAGCAAAUCAACUGGUAUAAAAAAAUUAAAAAAAAAAAAGAUUAUCUGGAAACAAAUAUAUAGUUUCUUUUUAUUUCAUAAGUUGAAUAAAAUAAAAUAAUAAUAAGAAAAAAAAAAGAUUAUCCACAAACAAAUGUAUAGUUACUUUUUAUUUCAUAAGUUGAACAAAAAUACGAAGAAAAAAAAAAUUAUGUGGAAACAAAUGUAAAGUUACUUUUUAUUUCAUAAGUUAAACCAAAAUACACACCAUAAAAAAAAACAAUAAUAAAAAAAUUGGGGUUAAAUCUUCGAGUGGAAUUGAGAGACUUGUAGUUGGCUAGAAAAAGCUUUUGCAAGCUGUGAAAUCUGUGAAAGUGGGUCUUUUGAAGUACUGACUGUGUAGGUACACAAACUUUUUCAGAAUGCCAUUUUUUUUUUUUUUUGGUGUUCAAUUAAUUAAAUACAAAGUAACUAUGCAUUAAUAUUUCCUGGUAAUAUUGUCUGUGUGUGUCAUUGUUUAACCAUUGUUCUGUUUUCUUGUCUCUUAUUCAGGGACCUCCCAGUGUUAUUGACACGUUGUAUGAGCUUGAGGUUAGUAAAUACUUUGCAAACACUUUUAUCUUUAACCUUUGACUCUCAAACAAAAAUGUAGCAUGUUUGUUUCAGCUAAUCCUUAAAGUCACAUUCAAACUCGACAGCCUGAAUUUUACAAGAAAUGUACAUUAAGCCAUCAACUGAAAAAAAUCUACAAGAGGUUUUUGCUGAUGCAUUAAAAUGUACUGGGUACAGUGAAAGUAAUGUGAACACAUGAUUGAAUACUGUGCUUUAGGCAUGGUUUGAUGAAAAUCUAAUUAAAUGCAUUGCUCUUUUUUUUGCAGCCAGCCAGGCAAAUUUGCAUGGAUAAAUCUAUUUCAUACAAACAAAUUAUUCCAAACAGGUAAGGUUUUUUCGACCCACUUUUAGACCAUCUGUCUAAGAGAGGUGGGGUGGGGAGCUGCUGUCCUUUGAUUUUAAAGUCUUAUUAUAGAGUAACAGAAGUAAGGCAACAUAAGCAAAUAUACACAUGCAUAACAAUCGACAGUUUUUGUCACACAAGCAUGUAAUGUUAUCUUUUUUGGUACUCUUUAAGACUACAGUAAAGUGAUAGAUAUUUCUGUUAUUCUUAAAAUACAAGGCUUUUUAAGAUGCGUUUCUGAACGGUGUAUGUAUGUUGCAGUGGAGCGUUCAGACCAGUAAGGGCAGAGAGUGGAGAGUACUUGUAUUGUCCCCCUCAACGUUGGCUUAAUAACUUGCAUGUAAGUAACAACUUGAUAUCUAUCUGCCUUUAUCUUCACUUCAACUUUCUAACAAUUGGUUGUCCGAUAAGUGUAGUAAAUGAACUACCUAUCAUUUUAAUUUAUGUCACUGACAAAGAGACACUCCGUCUUUGUGUUGGCUAUGGAGACCACUGUACCCACAUGUCUGUUGGAGAGAGAAAUGGCGUGGAGAUAAUAGUCAUAUGUUUGUUCAAACUGUUUUUUCACAGCAUGGAGCUGUUGUUCUGCUCUACCACCCCUGUGCUCCUCUCCAUGAACGGAAACUUCUGUCUGCCCUGGCUCGAUCCUGUCUGCCUGACUACAUCAUUACUCCACAUAAACAGCUCAAAAACCACACAGUGAGACCAAAACUUUGCUUUUGUUUUUUUACCCGCUGAAGUCAGAAAGAGACUUACGCUGUGUCCGAAAUGAAUCGCUCAAUCCCCCAUAUGGGGUUUUACUGUAGUUGACUAUGUAGUGAGCUCUAUCACUGGAGGUUUCGGACACUACAUGGCAUGACGCAAUGCAUGACGGGAUGUCCACCACCAGUGAGUGACCAUCGGAUGGUCACUACAUUUUGCAAUGCUUUAUGGGAAAUUUUGAGUCGCCUAUAUGGGGCACUGGAAUUGAUCAUUCAGAUUUCGGACACCCCGAAAAUAUAGUCGCCUAUAUAGGGGUUAGGGAUCCAUUUCGGACACAGCCUUAAUAUUUUUGUUGAUUUAUUGGAAUGCUGUUGUUACUGCGCUUUGGUUGUAACUGAAUACCAAGCAACACUACUGAAGCCUCUUCAGAUACUCAAAUUUGUUCUCCUGGAUUUUUCCGGAGCAUUGCAUGAUUAAAUUUCGGUUUUUCCUCUCUGUUGAGCACACAUUUUGCUUUGUGUUUAGCCACUAGUCUUGGUAUCCUGGGGUCGCACUCUGGAACUUUCAACCAUGGCCACUUUGGAUGUCUGCGAUUGGCUGGAGACAACAACAUCCACAAGAAAUAAGUCUGGUGAUCUAAGCAAGAGCGGAAACUACACUCUGUUGUUAACCAGGCCAGCUGAGACACAAACAAAGAGACUUUAUCAUCCAGAGGAAUAUCCAGCACAAACAAAGGUUUGGAGACUAAAAUUAUUACCGUAAAACACACAGCUGGGUUAUUUUUGUAGUCCAGUUGAUGUCUCUAAACAUGUUAUUGUAAAUUUCCAGGUGUCUCUGAGGCAAUGCUGUGAGCAGAUCAUCUCCUCUGUACUAAGUGGAGCCAUUGAACCAGGGGUACAGUCUCACGUGAAGAAAAGGAGCUUAAAACAAUUCAAAGAGAAAGCCACAAGAGGAAAACAAAUAAAUGAUAUAGAAGAGGACGUCAAAGGACACACAACACUGAAAAGGACAGGGUAUUCCAAGGACGACAAUGGCACUCUAGGGUCAUCAACAGAUUCACUUUUAGAGAACAAGACUCUCUCAGAUACGCCUAAAACUGCAACCAAAACCAAUUCUUUUACAUCUGGGGAUUCUGAACCAGACAAAGCCAGGCUAAACAUAGUGAGGCAGCUCAGUCAUGAAAAUGAAGGCCACAGUAGCUCAAAGUCUUCUGUCAGAUUAGAUAUUCUUGCAGAUAGUGUAAACACUGUACAUAAUCAAAGACAUAAAGACUCUGUCAGACCAAAGAAGUUAAAGGAAAGUGAAGCUGCAGAUGUUAAGGAGAGACAGUUGAAACAGCAGCAAACUUACAGUGACACACACCCUAACUCCACAAGUGAGAAGACUGACUUUAACUCUGUUCCCAAAUCUCAAUCAGAGCCCCAUCCACAUGCACGACUGUACCCUAGCCCACAGCAGGCCCGAAUCCACCACAGCUGUCAAGGCUGCCAGGAAGGUGAACACUGUGAAUGCACUGAGGAGUCAUGGAGCAAAGCUAAUGUUGCUUUUGUAGAAAAGGGGUUGAGGACUAUGAGGAACAACGAGGCACUGUGGGCAGCAGCAGCACUUGGCUUCCUGCUGGUUCUCCUGACGCUGUCGGUGCUGCACACACGUCUGUACCGUCACUGGAGGACAGCACCAAGUCUUUACUGGCACGACCCAAGACAGGACUACGACAGUGUGGCAGGUGGGUGAAUUUUAAAGGGUUCAGGCACAAAAUAGCCGUUUUAACCAGCUGACUAAUUCAGUGAAACAAUUCAAUCAUGUAACUUUCGCUUCUUACCUGUGCCUUAAAUGUGUACCCAGUAUCUCAGUGUCUUUUAAGUAGUUGGGCAAGGAUAGAACCAUAAUCAUAGACGGUGAGGAUGUUGUGUUUGUUUGUGUUUCCUCUAGAUGUCAUCAGCAGGAGGAUACAGAUUGCCAAGAGGAGACAGAAAAGAGGCAGGAGGAGGGAGUUUGUUCUUCUUCCAAGCUCUUCCAGUUCAGAUGAACUUCCAUAAAUGAAUGAAGGAAAUGUGUAAGAAUGUCAAUAAUGUGUUCAAGUCCCUCACAAGUGAAAGAGGUACUAAGUGGAGUCAAUGUUUGCAACAUCUUGUCUUUCAGUGUAAUAUGUGGAAUGUUGUUUGUGAGAAACUAAUGGGACCUGGGUUGUUGAAGACAAGUACAAAUUCUGUACAGUAUUACAAUCCCUACACCCGUAUUUUGCACACAGUGUAGUGGUCAUGUCAGUACAUGUUUUUUUUCAUUUACACUGCUUAUUUGACAGUUUUUAAAGAAUGGAAGAGGCUGGAUAAUCUGAAAUCUUGAGUACCACAUGGAAUAUCCAGAUCCUGUAUCUAAAAUGAUUGGUGACAGUAUAAUCCUGACUACAACAAAGUCAAGAUCAGACUCAGAUCAGACUCAAAAUCAGACUAUCCGAAAGAAAUAAAAGUCUGUCAUUAGUAGUAUUUGGAUUUUUUGGGUGGGUGCACCUUUUUCCUAUUUUUUUGUAUUAUAAUUUUUACGUAACCAUCAAGCAUGACAAAUUCUUUUCUACAGUUAGCAAAACACUUGAAAAUUUGCAAUAUGCAUUAAUGGAAGUUUUUUUUUUAAAAAGAAGAUAAAAGUUUACAAAGACAAGAAAUGUCUUGACAGAGAUUUUCAGUGCAUGGAUUGCUGUUUGAAACAGCAAUUGAUGACAAAUUUUAUCACCCAAUAAUUUUAUUGUUUUUUAAAACUAGUUUUGAAUAUUAAAAAAAGCUCAGUCUAAAAAAAUUAGUUCGUCAGCCAGUGUUUUCUUAAAUUAAUUUGUCUUUGAAAAAAACAAUGAAGACAUUCCUGAAGAAAGACUUCAAAAAGCCUUCUGGUGUUUUCCACAAGUAUCUGGGAUUUCAGCCCUGCACUUAUCUCUGUUAAAAUAGGUUUUGUCUGCUGUUACGACUGUAUGUUUGUGUGUGUUUUUCCCCCUUUUACCUUUCUCUAGAUCUGCCCAGGUGAAGUCACUGAUAUUAUGAUAAGUCGCCAAUCAUCUUCACCUGCUCUGGAAGGUUUGAAGGCCAAGAGCUGCCUGCAGUAGGGAGAGGCAUUUGAUGGGGAACUGCUGCCUCUGAUUUUUGUGUUGUUGGUUCUUCAUUUUUAGUUGUUGUGUUAAUUUGUUCUUUAGUUGAUCUUGGGUAAUUCUUUGUCUUUUGUUAUAAUAAAUCCUUGGUUAACUUUUGAUAGUGUUUUCU